AUGGGGAAGCUCUUGUGCUCUUUCUUCUUUUCCAUUCUUUUGCUUUCAUUCAAGGCAAGAUCCCAAGAAGUUGAUGAUGAAAGAGGGUUUGAUUAUGAAGGAGAUGGAGAAAAGGGACCAAUUCAUUGGGGAGAGCUUAGAGCAGAGUGGCAUACAUGCAAGGUUGGGUUGAUGCAAUCUCCAAUUGAUUUAUUGCAUGAAAGAGUUGAAGUUAUUUCUCACUUGGGAGACCUUAAAAUCAACUACAAAUCCUCUAAUGCCACACUCAAGAAUAGAGGCCAUGAUAUGAUGAUGAAAUGGGUGGAUGGUGGUGGAUACAUGGAAAUGAAUGGAACUCAAUAUAAACUAAAACAAUGUCAUUGGCACUCACCUUCCGAACACACCAUUGAUGGCAAGAAAUUUGACCUUGAAGCUCACUUAGUCCAUGAAAGCUCAAAUGGGAUGAUUUCUGUCAUUGGAAUCUUGUAUCAGAUCGGAGAACCUGAUUACUUCUUAUCCACGAUUAAAGGUGAUUUAGAAAUGGUAUCAGAUACCCAUGAAGAAGAGAGAGUGAUUGGAAUAAUUGAUCCAAAUCUAUUGAAGAUGGGCAGCAAACAAUACUAUAGAUACAUUGGCUCACUUACUGUUCCACCCUGCACUGAAAAUGUGAUGUGGACUAUGAUUCACCAGGUGAGGACUGUCACAGAAGAACAAGUGAAAUUACUUCGAGUAGCUGUCCAUGAUGACUCGGAUUCUAAUGCAAGACCGUUGCAACCAAUCUAUAAUCGAACAAUGCAACUCCAAACAUCAAAGGAAAGUGAAGAAUCAUGA